ACUAUACAUUUGCAAAAAAUAUGUUCCGAAGAAAAAAUCACUUCAUGCACCCUUUAACAUGUUUAACCUUCGCUCGAAGCCCCGCCCCGUCCUAUGUUUGCAGGGCCGGCGCGGCAGUACGAGCUACGAGCGAACCGUUAAUCAUAUCCCAGUAACUCUGGAAACCUUUUCACAAGACGCGGUCAAUUCACCAAUCAAUUAAAAAAUGGCGAUCGCUCGUUUAAGAACGACAGAUGUCUUGCCUUUGGUCCGCAAUGCUGCACCGUUUAUCCGAGCGAAUUCGUCCAGUGAUGCCAGCGCCAAGGCACUGUACUUCUCUGUCGAGAAUGAACAACCAGAACCUCUGCAAACAACAAUCAAAGGUGAGGUUCCGGCUUGGAUCAAUGGGAGUCUUCUCCGCAACGGCCCUGGCAAGUAUGAGGUUGGCAACGAUACCUACAAUCACGUCUUUGACGGCUUGUCGUUGCUUACAAGAUUCAACAUUAGUGAAGGAAAGGUGACCUAUCAGAGUCGCUUCCAGCGCAGUGAUUCCUACACUAAAGCUAUGGAGCAGAAUCGCAUCGUCGUGUCGGAGUUCGGUACCAUGGCGCACCCCGAUCCCUGUCUGAGCAUCUUUGGACGUUUCAUGUCCAUGUUCAAGCAGGGCGAGAUGACCGACAACUGCAACGUCAACUGGAUGGCCUUUGGAGAUGAAUGCUAUGUCAUGACCGAGACCAGUAGUAUUCGGAAAAUCGACCCUGUUGGUUUGGAGACGUUGGACAAGGUUGAUCUUUCUAAAAAGGUCGCAGUGCACACCGCGACUGCCCACCCACACAUCGGAAAUGACGGCACCCUUUACAACAUGGGAUCACAUUUUGCUAAGAAGACGCACUACAACAUCAUCAAGGCCCCUCCACCAGACCCAGGCGUGAUGGCGGACCCGAUGAGCAAGGCAUCUAUUCUCUGUUCGAUUCCAGCCUCGGAUAAAUUCCCUUCCUACUACCACAGCUUCGGCAUGACUGACAAUUACAUCGUUUUCCUGGAACAGCCCUUGGUUCUGAACAUUCUCAAGUUGCGCUUUGCAAGAUUAUUCCGUAAUGAAUCGUUCUUAGAUGCGAUGCAGUAUCACGAGACACGACCCGCCCGAUUCCACCUGGUCAAGCGCGACACGGGGGAGCUCCUCUCCCAAAAGUUCCUGACCGACGCCCUCUUCUGUUUCCAUCACAUCAAUGCCUAUGAAGAGGCGGGCCAUGUCGUUGUUGACCUGUGUUGCUAUAGAGAUAUCGGGAUCAUGAAUGGACUGAACUUUGCAGAGCAGGGGAAGGGAUUAACAGAUGUUGACGCUGUCGGCAAGAGGUUUAUUCUACCACUCGAACACGAGAAGACUCCUGGUGUUAAUCUGAACGGCUUGGAUUACUCUAAGGCGACUUCUGUCCUCAAGGAAGACGGCUCUAUUCACUGUACUCCUGAGCUCCUAAGCGAACAGUAUCUUGAGCUGCCGAGGAUAAACUAUGAGAAACACAAUGGAAAACCGUACAAAUAUUUCUAUGCUUUGAGUGGUACACUAGACAAGUUGGUCAAAGUCGACACGACGACAGGAACAUCUCAAGUGUGGAUGGAGGGAGGGAGUUUCCCUUCUGAGCCGAUCUUCAUCAACGCCCCAGGAUCAACCAGCGAAGACGAUGGCGUGGUGGUUUCGGCGGUGAUCAACACACGCGAGGGCAAACCAUCCUUCCUCGUGGUGCUGGAUGCUCGCGACAUGAAGGAACUAGCAAGAGCUGAGAUUGACGCAGAGGUUACUCUCGGUAUCCAUGGCAUGUAUCUCGCAAACUAGACGAUCUUACACUUCAUCACAAUUAGCUUUCUUUGAAGUAGUGGUGAGAGAAGUCAGA